GAGCUAGCUCCGUACAGCGAUUGAUAUCGUAUUAUCCCCUUGGUGUGUACAAAAAUAUUGUAUUUUUCAACCAAUUAUUGUGCCUGUCCUUGCACUUCAACUCCCUUUCGUGGUGUGGCCGCUUAUGAUGGGGUGUCAAUUACAAUAUGUCAAGGUACUGUUGUAACACACUGUUCAAUUUUAUCCUUCUAGCAUGCCGGUCAUCCUCAUUGCGCAUUAUUGUCAAAUGUCUACUCUCGGCGUAUAUGGUCUGUCGUGACACGACGCAUGAGAAUUCGUUUUGGCUGUUUACAAUGACGUCCUCAAAGUUCGUCUGCAGGCACAUUUUUCAAAAAUACUGGCACCUGUUGCUACUUGACUAGUGAACAAUCUACGAAGUUGCAGUGAAAUUAAUCUAGACUGCAAUAUGGAUCACAUCGAACGAACAGAUUCAAAAUCCACGGUCGCAGCUGAUGAUGGUCGAGCGGGGCGCUCUGUCGGAGUCUGGCAGGACGGGUCGGGAGUGGCAGGGUCCUUUUUUCGUUUCCAGUGCUAUCUCGCAUAUCAUCAUAUUCCACGUUCUGAGCUAGUAGCUACGAUAUAAUUAGCAUAUACACAUACAGGAGGUAGACAGUCAAUGAGAAAACGGAAGUCGA